AUGUCUGGACUAUCAGAUGAUACUCUCAGGAAGAUCCUCCAACAAAUACAACAACAAGCGAUAUCAUCCCAAAAACAAUUAUCGAUCGUACGAGCUCAAAUACAAUCGAAAGAAAAGGAGAGGAAGAUAUUAGCAUUGACAACUAGAGAAUUGGGUCAUGUACCAAGGGACGAUUCUUCCACGAUGUACAAGGGCGUUGGAAAAAUGUUCAUAGAACAACCUCGAACAGAAAUCGAUAUCGAACAUUCCACACUAGAGAAAUCUUUAAAUGAGGAAGUAUCGAAUCUUACCAAGAAGGCUAAAUACCUAGAAAAACAAUUCGACGAGGCAAAUUCACAAUUGAAAGAUAUCUUCCACAGUCAACAGCGUCAAGAAGCGUAA